UCGAGUGCUCCUCCUUCCUCUCCUCCCGGCCCCUUCUCCUCCUCUCAUCUUCUGGACACUCGCUUCAUCCUUUGCAGCUCACAGGGCUGUGAGUGGCAGACGAAGACGAGGCGCAGCCAAGCGCGUCCGCUGGUGAAGCUUCACCAGACACACGUCAAACUGGUCCAAACACAACUGAACAUUGCUCUUAAAGGCAAGGGAAAGUGUUUUCCUUUAAGCCGUUAACUGCGGUCUGGCACAGGUGGGCUCCUCGGGGCGCGUUGGAGUGAUCAUGGCGCACGGUCGUUUUACGCACCGCCGGUCACUGCGCGCACCGGACUUUAACAUGGAUUAAACGCGAGGACUUUGUAUUUCCCGAGGAACCCAGAAUGGCAGCACUUCGGAGGAAAUUCGGCGAGGACUACCAGGUGGUGAACACGAACCGGGCCAGCACUUUCUCAGCCCCGGUGAAGAAGAAGCGUCAGCGCUUCGUGGAGAAGAACGGUCGCUGUAACGUCCAACACGGGAACCUGGGCGGCGAGACCAGCAGGUACCUGUCUGACCUCUUCACCACGCUGGUGGACCUCAAGUGGAGAUGGAACCUGCUCAUCUUCAUCCUGACUUACACCAUCGCCUGGCUGGUGAUGGCUUCCAUGUGGUGGAUCAUCGCCUACAUCCGCGGGGACCUGAACCACAGAAACGACGCCUCCUACACCCCGUGCGUGGCCAACGUUUACAACUUUCCAUCCGCCUUUCUCUUCUUCAUCGAGACCGAAGCCACCAUCGGGUACGGGUACCGGUACAUCACUGAGAAGUGCCCGGAGGGCAUCAUCCUCUUCCUCUUCCAGUCCCUGCUGGGCUCCAUCGUGGACGCGUUCCUCAUCGGCUGCAUGUUCAUCAAGAUGUCUCAGCCAAAGAAGCGAGCAGAGACUCUCAUGUUCAGCCAGGACGCCGUGAUCUCCCAAAGAGACGGGAAACUGUGCCUCAUGUUCCGGGUGGGAAACUUGCGCAACAGCCACAUGGUGUCUGCGCAGAUCCGGUGCAAACUCAUCAAGUCCCGACAGACUCCCGAGGGCGAGUUCCUUCCUCUGGACCAGUGUGAGCUGGAUGUUGGUUUCGGCACCGGAGCAGAUCAGCUCUUCUUGGUCUCCCCUUUGACCAUCUGCCACGAGAUCAACACCAAAAGUCCAUUCUUUGACUUGUCCCAGCGCUCGCUCAUGAAUGAGCAGUUUGAGAUCGUGGUCAUCUUGGAGGGCAUCGUGGAAACCACUGGUAUGACGUGCCAGGCCAGGACGUCGUACACUGAGGACGAGGUUCUGUGGGGACAUCGGUUCCUGCCGGUCAUGUCCCUGGAGGAGGGCUUCUUCAGAGUGGACUACUCCCAGUUCCACAGCACCUUCGAAGUCCCGACCCCGCCGCACAGCGUCAAAGAGCACGAGGAGAAGAACUCUUUGCCUUCGCCCAUGUCCACGCCGACCCCGGCGCUGACCGAGAGCCACGACGCCCGGCGCGACCGCGUCUUCUCCGUGGACUGCAUCAACAUCUCAGAGGACCGGAGCCGGCACGGCGGCUCGGGCGGCCGGCUGCCCAGCAAGCUUCAGAGAAUGAGCUCCUCUGGAAAGGAGGACCUUCAGAGGAAGGUGCUGCUGCUGAGCUCGCAGCACUCGGAGAAGGCCUGCAGCACUGGAGACCUGCCGCUGAAGAUCCAGCGCCUCAGCUCCUCGACGGGACCAGAGCCGGAGAGUCGCCUGCAGCUCAAGUCGCUCAAGGUGGGGUUCGAACCCAUGACGCAGUCAACCGGGGACCUGUACCAGCACAGCCUACAUCCCUCGCUGUCCCCGGCCCCGCCCCCUCUGUACAGCCCGCUGCUGUCAGCUGGACGGAGGCCUGAGGACAACCUGCCCGCCAAGCUGCGAAAGAUGAACCGCUGAGGGCCACCAGCCCCGUCACUUCACUGAGACCAAAACUGCAUCUACUGUGAUCUCGUCUCACACUCGACAGGACUCUGACUCCUGAACGUCUGCAUUAAUGCAUGUGACCACCAAAACGAUGACGCCGACCUUAGUUUGACUCUCCAGUGAUGCGCAGCUGAAA